CGGGGGGUAGGGAGUGUGGGGCUGGGUCUUGGCUGUGAGACACGGCUGCCGCCCGGGUUGUCGUUUCUAGCGGCGGUUGUUUAUGCGAGUGUGGGGUGGGGAGGGCCUGAGUGGGAAGGUUCGAGGCAGGCCUUCAGGCCGGUCCCGCCUGCUGCCUGCCCUUCCCUCGCCCCCACGGGCUUUGUGCUGCAUGUUUUCAUUGCUAGCGGAGACUUCCCUUUGUCGAAGUGCGGGGUGGCUUGUGAGGAAUUGACUUCCUGCUAGCCUGAACCUGGGGCUUUCGGUGGCCUAGCAAGAAGCGGUUUGCUUUCUUGAGUGGUUGGCAUCUUACUGCCUGGAUUCAGUCGUUCCCAAAGGAAUGGAGGAAUGCAGCUGAUAAGUCCUUAACCACCCUAUGAGCCCAUAGGCAGCAGCAGAAGCUGGCUUCAUCUUCUCCACUCUGGCACUUUGGAGGUGGGCCUUUGUAACCAUCUCUGGGUACCUUUGUAGUGGCACUAUAAACCAAAGGAGAUGGAAGAAAAGGAGCGAUGUGAGAAAUUCCAGCUGGACUAAGGGAAUUCUUAUAUUUUGACUUUUUGUUUUCCCUGUGGGGGCUAGGAGGGAGGGAAAUAAUAACAUUUUCUGAGGUAUGGGAGGAGGGAGAAAAAAUGUGUUGCAGAUCUUUAUGUGGUUUUUAAAACCAGCCGUCAGAGGCAAUUACUGAAUAAACCGAAGCACAAGAGUGGGGUUUCUGAGCUGGAAGCAACGCUAGCCUGCAAAAAUAAAGGGGCAGUGGGCUUUUCUUGUGACUUUGGAUCAAGAAACUUCAGCCUUCUGCAUUUCUCACCACCUACUCUCCAUCCACCCUACGUGAAAAUGAGUUGUGUGCCAUGGAAAGGUGACAAGACCAAAUCGGAAUCACCAGAGCCACCUCAGCAACCACCAUUGCAUAUUUACCAUGAGAAGCAGCGUAGGGAGCUGUGUGCCCUCCAUGCCCUCAACAAUGUCUUCCAGGACAGCAAUGCCUUCACCAGGGAAACCCUGCAGGAGAUUUUUCAGAGGCUGUCUCCCAACACCAUGGUGACACCCCACAAGAAGAGCAUGCUGGGAAAUGGAAACUAUGAUGUGAACGUGAUCAUGGCAGCACUGCAGACCAAAGGCUAUGAGGCGGUUUGGUGGGACAAGCGCAGGGAUGUUAAUGUCAUUGCCCUGUCUAACGUGAUGGGCUUCAUCAUGAAUCUGCCCUCCAGCCUUUGCUGGGGCCCCUUGAAGCUCCCCCUCAAGCGACAGCACUGGAUCUGUGUCCGGGAGGUGGGAGGCACCUACUACAACCUUGACUCCAAACUCAAGGUGCCUGAGUGGAUUGGAGGUGAAAGUGAGCUCAGGAAAUUUUUGAAACACCAGCUGAGAGGAAAGAACUGUGAACUCCUCCUGGUGGUGCCAGAGGAGGUGGAAGCACAUCAGAGCUGGAGAGCUGACGUGUGACCUGGACCAACGCUGUCCUCCCACUACAGCUCUUCCCCUUCACUGAACUCCUGACAUCCUGAAACCUGAAUAAUGGGUGCCCCAGACUCUUUUCAUCUGGAAUUUCCUUUGUUAGGCUCUUCUCUUCCUUCCUUGGUGCAAUAGGACAGCUGCGUAGGACAUUGGUGGGGUGGGGGUAGGGGGGAAGAAUUGAGGGCAGAAUGGAGGCAACUGGAAGCCAAUUACUUUAACUGCAAAGGUGGGUGAGCUGCUUGCCCUUUGGCUAACCAGAAGGCAUUGCAGUCUCUAAAAGUUGGCUUUGGGCCUAGGGUGUCUGGAAGCCUCUGGCUUCCCUUUCCCCACAUGGCCCAAGGCCAUGUAUGGUGGGACACUGCUCCUUCCAGGGCUUGCUGGGGCAGAGCAGGGGCUGAGUACACUGCUGCCUCUUGAGAAGUCUCUCCCUCCAAAACAAGUUGUCAUGAAGACAUUUGCAAUUCCUAAAGGUCUCUCAGGACACUUCCAAACACUAGGAAUGGUAUGGUGCUUAGCACAACCCUCUGCUUCAUAUGGAUGGUUUGUGCCAGGACUUAGAAAACAGUAAUAAAGCCAGAGUCAUCUUUCAGGAAGUUCCUGGGGUGGCUAGCAGAUUCUUCCCCAGUGUCUCCAGGGAUUUGCAAGCGGCUGUUGGCAGCGUGUGGCUGGCGAAGGCAAUGUGGAAACAGCAAGCGCAGACUAAUUGAGGAGUAUCUGGUUUCUGGUCUGGAGAGAGGGGCUAGUCUGCUUGGGUGUCUUUGUGCUACCUUGUUGGCUUUUAUCUUCUUGAACAUCUAUGUUGGUUUUCUGCAUGAUCACUUGGUAGUUUAGGGGCUUCUUGGAGAGGUGAAUGUAACUUGAAGGGGUUAAGAGGAAUUAGUUCUUUUCCUCUUUGCAGAAGUCUAACCCACAGUCACUAAUAACAUGCAGAAUGUCCCAGAAAGGGGUAAAGUUACAAAGGAAAAAUAAGCUGAGGAGAGAAGCCUUUUGAAGUCAGAUUUUGCCCUUUGUAGUUACUAGCUGAUUAUGUGGGAGAUGCAGAGGGUGCACCAGAACCUUCAGGCAUUGCAGAGAUCUUGGCCUGGUAGCUGAAGCAACCUUUCCUUUAGCAUCAGCCAGCAAACAUUCCACUAGUGGAUUAAUGGCUUUUUCCUCCUCUCUCUUCUGUGGGGAAGAAUGACCAGAUGUGGAGACACUAAGAGGAAUCUCCAUUGGCUGUCUUCUGUUCACCUGGGUGAGUUAUAGCUUGGUCAUACCUUCCACAGCAGGAGAAGGAAACACUGAAUUUAGAACAGACUUUGUUGCAUUCAGCGCUUCCUGGCCAAGCUGCUAUUUGCUUCCCUGCCUUUAGAUGUAAGAUGUCUGUUAGACAGCAAUCUCUGAGAUGUGAUGGAGCACUGUUGUGCAGGAAAGUUUCAUUGCUGGUGUUUAAGCUUGCAAAAGGAGGGGUUGUUAACUACCUUUUCUCAGUUAAUUUUUCUCUUGAGCUCUUUGAACGCAUGAGCAGGUGCUUGAAGCUGAGAGACCACCAAAAUCACACCUUCCUACCAGAGAACAAAGACCACAUGACACCAGGACGAUGCUGUUCACAGACCCCCGGACACCUGGCAAGCAGCAUUUUGCAAUCUUUUGAGCACAGCCUCCCACAGUCAAGGGCAAAUGAAUGGCUCUUAGGUUUUAAAGACCCAGUGUUUCUAUAAAAAGUCCUGUUUCGUAACACAUUCCAGUGACCGAUACCAGCUGGCAGUUUUUAAACACUUCACAGGCAGAUGCGCAGCCCUGCAGCCGCUCUGCUCGUGACUUGAAGCCAUUUCUUCAAGGAGUAGGGGGGUGGUAAAAUUAAUCUCAACAGCAACAUUUUCUACGCUGAUUGAAGUUGCACUUUGGAAAAACCCUGUUUGCAUGGAAAACUGCAAGCCAACAGAUCAGUGCACAAUAUGCAAAGAUGUUUUCAAAUAUUUUGGGGCUACUUUUCCUUCUCCUUUUACAUCAGUUCCUUUUAAGUCGGCUCCUUUCCCGUGGCGGGGACACAGUGUGAUCCAACUGCUCAGGUAAAGGGAAAGUGUACAAUCACACCCCCGUGGGAGGUGAGGCUGCUGUUGCCCAAAAGGGUGGGUGAGUCAGUCCAGCCCCACCACUUGGGAGUGGGGAAGCCUAUGGUUUUCUUGCUUGUUUGGUUUUUUUGUUAGAGCCUCGUCUUGGGUUUGUUUACAGAGAUGUAUUUUGUUUAACCAAAUAUUAAAAAUGGAUAAAACAUUUCCAUAUAAAUGUCCUAUCACUUCUGUAUGUUCAACUGAGUUGUUCUGUAACAAAGUAUGUAAAGGAAAAUAAAUUUUUUUUCUUUUGGUUAUAAAA